UCCAUCGACAACCAUCCCGUAUCUUUAGCGGACGCAAUCAUUAAGAUUUUUUUAUACUUUUCUAAGGUUUCGUCCACUUCCUUGUGCAAGAUCGAACGAAAUGAUGGCAGCAAAGAUUUAUACAGUCGGAUUUUUCUUGUUGCUCGCCGCUCGAAGAAGCUUCCAAGUCUCAGUUAGUCACAGAGGUAAAGAAUUCGUCUUGAGUUUUAUGCCUCAACAUCCGAUUCGCCUCUUUUCUGGAAACAAUGUACUGUACAUAUCCAGCUUUGAGGAUGGCCUGGUACGAGUCCAUGUGCCUUCUCUCACGGAAUUUCCAGAGAAGUCGUACCCUUUGUCAGCUGGAGGGUCGACAAUCGUUAAACUGUCGGGAGGUGUACGUACGAAUUGCAACUCAGGAUCAGAGAUAAAAAAGGGUAUCCGAAUUACGGCCGCUAAGCCCAUAUCUGUACAGGGAUUGGUGGAUGCGACCCCAGAUGUGGAAGGGUUUCUUGGGUUACCUGUGGAUGCUCUUGGUACGUUUUACAUAGCAGCGACGUAUCACCCUGUAAUCAAUGCUAUAAUUCAGGUCGUAGCGACGACGGAUGACACGAAUGUAACGAUCACAUUACGAACAAAAGGUAGAGUUCAGUAUGAGGAUAAAUGGUAUGGAAACGGUGCCGUCUUAAGCGAAAAUCUAAAUUAUUUAGAUGUGUUUCAAAUUCUGGCUGACCAAGAUCUCACCGGCACCAUUAUUAGGUCGACGAAGCCAAUUGCAGUAUUCACUGGGAAUGACUGCACCAUGGUGCCUGAAAAUCAGCUACCAUGCAAUCACCUGGUGGAGCAAAUACCCCCGGUAUCCCUCUGGGGAAAAGUUUUUGUUACCAACCCCACGCCAUGGGGAGACGAAUUUCACGUAGUAGCCGCGAAUCAAAAUACCGCAGUUUUUGUUGAUUCUCAAAACAAAGGGUCAUUAAACGAAGGAGAGAAAUAUAAGAUCGAUGCAUCAUGGGAGAAGUCCUUGGUGAUCAGUACUUCUCAACCGAGCCUUGUGAUGCAAUACUCCAAAACAGGAAAUAGCCCUUCGAUGAAUGUGGUACCUCCAGUACAAUGGUUCACUAACGACUACACAGUUCAUGUUUCUCAAGAUGGACAGGGAAAUACUUUCAAUUGCUCUGUAAAUAUCAUUAUUGACACUAGUUUACGAAGCGAUCUUCGUGUUAAGGAUGCAGACAGUGUUAUCAAGAACUGGAUUGCGAUUCCUGGCUCUGGGGGGUUCUCAAGUGCUUCGAUUCAAUUGACCAGUAAUGGUACCUACCAUGUGUACCACGUGAACUCGCUGACAACUUUUUCUGCGGUUUUUUAUGGAACGAAUCGCAAUGGAAGAUUGUUUGCUAUGCCAGCUGGUAUGAAAAUGCAGCGGCAGGCAGUGAACAAUUCUUGUAUACAAACAAACACUGUGGGUGGGGACAACAUUGACAAUGAUUGUGAUGGUGUCACGGAUGAAGAAUUAAAGAAUUACGUUGACGAUGAUCAAGAUGGUAGAGUCGACGAAGAUUUAGUCACGCCAGUGCCUACAAUAACCACACCCAAAGAUUACGUCACAACAUUAUGCCAUAGAUCAUCGAGUGUGUCCAACCUUGAGAAUGCAACGGGCUCAGCUCACGGCGUAUGUAGAAUUCGUGGGGGAACCAAAAUCGGGCAUAAGGAUAGCAUUGUGAGAAAUGAUGCGUGUGGGCGCAUAUUUGACAGAGUUUGGAUUUUAAGAGAUUCUUGUGAUAAUACUGUCACGGGCAUCCAGCGUAUAACGAUACAUAACCCAGAAGAUCCGAAAAUAAUCUUUCCGAAAGAUAUCGUCUUCACUUGUAGGGAGAAGAAAUAUUUAGAUCCGAAGUUUGUCGGACAGGUUUCAGUCUCUAGUGUUACAAACGUGUGUCCGAGGAAUGUGACGAUAACCUACCUUGACAGAAACAAAGGUGACUGCUCAAAUUCAAACAGGGAGGGGAGACUGGAACGAAUUUGGACUGUAAAAGACAAAUGUAAAGGGAGUCAAACAAGGAAACAAGUUAUCAUCCUUUUGCCAAAAGAAUUUAGAAGAACAACUAACUAUGUUGUGUCAUUCAAAAUAACGAAUGAAAUGUUUUCGGCCGAACUUCGAGACAUGGAAUCUGCUUCCUUCAAAUCCCUAUCAAGAGGUUUGGAAAUUGAGCUGGAAACAACAUUCAUUCAGUCGAAAUCAAUACUUGGAGAAUUGUUUGUAGCUGCUACCGUUCUUGAUUUCAACAAUGGUAGCGUUAUUCCAAGACUGCUCAUUAAAAUCGAUGCACAGGCUCAAAUUAGUCAGCGCCAGUUGGUCGACUUCAUGAACGAAACUCUGAGAAGUGGCAUGCUGGGAAAGUACCACGUGGACCCCACUUCACUGGAGUCAACAGACUUUGACGAGUGCCAAGCUUCCAAUCUCAACGAAUGUCACGAAUACGCUAAAUGUACCAACACUCUUGGUUCAUAUAAUUGUUCUUGCCUGAAAGGAUUCGUUGGGAACGGUGUCCUUUGUCAAGCACCACCUUCAAUCAACUACGUUGAUCCAGCGAUCGAAAUUGGCACCGAAGAAAACGUGACACUUGCUUGUCACGCUGAAGGUCUUCCAGAACCAACGAUCACUUGGGUCACACCAGACGAACAAGUUGUGACCGCAGCAAAUGAAACUUUGGAGACAACGACCCUUGACGAUGGAAGUAAAUUUGUGCGAGGAAAAAAGAUGCUACAAGAUGGUUCGUUAUUGAUCUACAACACCCGUGAUAACGAUGACGGUAUUUACAAAUGCAUCGCUAAGAAUGUCGUGGGAACGGAUGAAAAAAGUGUCAACGUUACAGUGAGAGAUGACCUUGUGGGAGUCGAUGCCGCUAUUACCAUUGAGGAUGAAAUAUUUGACCAAGACUUAGAAAACAAAUCCUCAACGAGAUACCAGACAUUAGAGCAGCAAGUGAAGCAGGAGUUAACUACCCUGUUCCAGGAUAUCGAAGGAUUCGAAGAAGUCAUCAUUCUUGGAUUUGUGAAUGGAAGCGUAAAAGUAGAAUUCCGUGUUGUUGUGACUGUGAAACCUGAGGAAAAAAAGUCAACGGUUAUUGCAAACAAAGUUGGUAAAACCCUGAUUGCCGGUGUGCAAAGUGGUCAGAUUGGCAGCUUUAAAGUAAAGAAAAAGGUCGAGCUACGAGAACGUCCUCCGCCACCUAAAGACGUCCAAGCGAGUAAUGUUGAACAAACUGAGGCCGUCAUAACCUGGUCGCAUCCAGAACUUUAUCAGAUGUACUCCAUUAGUGGAUACUCGUUACAAAUCAGAAAAUUUAGAACAGAAAAAUGGAUCCAUUUUACAUCUACUCCGGGCGAAAAUCACAGGAUAACCAACCUCGAUCCCGACACUGCUUACUUUGUGAGGUUGAAGUCGGAAAACGAAUAUGGAAUGGGUGAACCCAGUGUUAAUGGAGAACUAAAAACUGAAAAAGGAAAAAAUGUCGCGAAAUUAGCAUUAGCCAUUGUGAUCCCGUUGGUGCUGACUAUAAUACUGUUAAUUGUGGCAGUAUCUAUCUACAGAAGAUUGAAAAAGAAAGGACAAGGGACGGGAUUUUUAAACGAUGGCGAACAAGUACCAAUGAAUCCUGUAUCACCAGAUACGCAAAAUCAUUCGGAAGCUGAAAAUGGACGAUUCACGACUUCCACUUUUGGUAGAGAUCGCUAUGCUCUCGUCCCUGGUCAAGCACCCAACAACGCAGCCGCACCAAUCGAUAUCGAAGCCUCGUUUGCGUGGCGUGAAAUACCACGUGAUCGUAUCACUCUUGGCAAAGUUCUUGGAGAAGGCGAAUUUGGAAUGGUCGUCAGGGGAGAGUUGACUGAAGAUGACGGGAAUGUAAUUACUUGUGCUGUUAAAAAGUUAAAACGUACUGCCACGGAAAGUGACCUCAAAGAUUUGUUGAAUGAACUGGAAAUUAUGACAUCAGUUGGUGAACACCCCAAUCUGGUCAACCUUAUCGGCGCAUGCUCAGCCUCAGGACCUUUGUUGAUCGUCGUAGAAUUUGCCGAACACGGGAAUCUAUUACGUCAUCUUCGGGAUCACCGAAAGGAAAAUUACGAGGACAUGAACGAGUAUAGCUUAGAGAUAAGCUCCGCGGAGAGACUGAGGAUAGCGUCUGACGUAAGCAGUGGGAUGAAACAUCUUGCCGCUAUGAAGUGUGCGCACAGAGACUUGGCGGCGAGAAAUAUUCUUCUUGGAGAGGGAAUGGUGGCCAAAGUGUCAGAUUUUGGUCUGUCACGUGACAUCUACACGGACAAUGUGUAUGCGAAAACAACCGGGGGCAAACUUCCGGCUAAGUGGAUGGCUAUUGAAUCUCUGGAGCAAGGACUUUACACAAGUCAAAGUGACGUUUGGUCGUUUGGUGUCCUGCUAUGGGAAAUUGAAACUGGAGGUUGUGCUCCAUAUGCCGGUAUUGCUUCGGGCGAAUUGUUGCCCAAACUUAAAGCAGGCCAUCGUUUGGAAAAGCCUCGUUACUGCACUGAUUGGCUUUAUGCGAUGAUGCUUCGUUGCUGGAAUGCAAAUCCUAAGGCGAGACCAGGGUUUGGGGACCUGAGUGACGAACUUCAUCGAAUACUCCAACAAGAAUCAGAAUAUUUGACUCCAGAGGACUACAGAGAAGAUUCAAGCUACGUUAACACUUGAGGAGAAAACAUGUCGGCUUAAUUAAGUCUGCUCUAGAGUUGGAGUCUCCGACGCUUGAAAUUUUCUCGUUCCUAACUUAGCAGUAGGCUAAUUCUAUCUUGAAAUCAUCUAUAGGGCAUUGAGAGAAUGGUUAUUUUAUUCUCAGGCUCUAGAAGCUGAUUUAUUUUUAAACAUAUUGGUUCAUGUUGCAAUGAUGUCGGUGAAAUACGCAGCCAUUUUUCACCAAAGGGCGUUGCUUUUCUUCAAGAAUUUAAGAUAGGGUUCCCACGAUCUGUCCUAAAAUUGUUUACUACAUAAACCUCAUCCUAAGUAAUUUUAAGUUUGUUCUUGCUAUGCAUGAAGCAGUCGAACUUUAAUGUGCGCUUAUGAUCUAACUCAGCUACCUUCGCAAAUGCGUUAGUUUACUUGUCACAUUAUCAAAGCUAAGGAAUCAUCAGAUGGAACCAAUGAGAGGUCAAAGAGAAAGCAUGUGAACGGCUUCAACCGCGGGAAAAUUAAUGCACCUGAUUGGCUAAGAAGGUGAUGCGAGUAAACGGCUUCAACCGCAAUAAAAAUAACAGAAGUGGCGAAGUCAUGACCAGUUUUAACUUUGCAAGUUUUCUAGAUCAAUCAAAGACAGAAGUAGUUUUUUUUAAAAAAAAUUCAAUUUCUUACUAUUUUCGUUACUAAAGUAAAAAUUUCUGUUGCGUCCCAUUCCUUAUCUAGUGCCUCAUUACUUAUUAUUAAUCAGGGAAAUUUCAAAUGAAAGUAAUGAGUUAAAGAAAGGAGACAAAUUUGCGUAGGGUACGUGAUCUCUAUUGAAAUCAGUUUGAUAUCGAGUCAUAUGUAUUUUUCUACAAUAACAGAACAAUGCACACAGGUUCAUUUUAUUUACUGCUUCGACUGAUGUAACGAAAGGAAUAGUUGGCCCUUUGAAGGCCCCUUGGAGUGAUCAGCAUCUAAUUUCUCUUUAUAUUCUCGCUACUGAAUCACACUUUGAAGUCAUGAGAAAAGAAAUGAUCACCAAUCAAGGAAACUCUUGAUUGAUAAGAGAAAUCUCUUUCUCAGUUCAAUAGCAAAUGUAAAGAGAACAGUUUGGAGAAUAUGCAUACUGAUGUUAGGGUGUAAAGGAUAACAGGAAAACGUACCUGUGACUUAAAUAGUUCAGUUUUGGUAAUUCAGUAGUUUUAUACUACGAUUAUGAAAAUUUUGUCUCGGAAAGGAUUAAAUUUAUAUGAUAAACAUAUGUAUUAAGCUAUAAGGCAUAGCUUUAUUUCGAAUAAUUGUAAAAAAAAAUUAAUUGUCCUUAGAGACAAUUUUUUGGCGUACA